UGGCCACGUAAGGAGGAGUUACGGGAACGUGUCACAUGGUGUCUUCUCGAAUGGCGGACAUGGCGCCCGCGAUGAUGAGAGAGGAAAACAUCACUUUCUCUCUCUAAAAACCCACUCACCUCUCUUUCUCUCUCUAAAACUCUUAUUCUCUAUUCCUCUCCAUCUUAAAAUUGUAUGGACCUCCCCUGCACCUUCUCGCGGCAGUGGAUAGGAAUGACUGAAGAUCCGCCUCUCUCUGGAUAAGUUAUUUAACUGUCACCUGUUUGAUCGGUUCUCUCCCUUAAUGAACUUUCUCUCUCUAUUUAUAUAAACCCUUUCUCUCUCUAAAUUUAUCUUAUUUCCUUUUAUGUUGAAGAUAUCUGUCAUCUUUCUCUCUCCUCUACCAAUCUUUUCUCUCUCUUUGUGAAGUCUCUCUCCCUUCGCUCUCUUUCGUCACAGUGACCCGGGUCUCUCUUGAUUUCCUGGAUUUUGUCUCGCUUAAUUCGCUGGAUUUUGUUUCUCUGCCUUCAUUUUGCUUGAUUUUUAUCGCUUUAUAUCAUCUUGCGUUCUCUGGAUCAUUCCGCAUUAACUCAUGCUUAAUUUUCUCUCUCAAUUUAUCAGCUUUUAAUCUUGAUGAUCUUCUUUUCAUUUAGACUUAAAGAGAGAUUUAUUUUUUUCUCGUCUCUCUGAUAAUUUCCUCUCUCUAUAUUAUCUUUUAUUUUGCAUUUAGAGAUAUAUUUUGUUUCCUCAUUAUUUUCUCUCUCUCUAGAUCGAUUUUGCAUUCAAGGCGAUAAAUCUUCAUCCUCAGAUAUUCUGUCUCUAGAAAAUCUCCUUGUCUUGGUGUUUGGUCUUUGUGGAUAAGACAGAGAUUUGUGCAUGAAAUUCUCCUUCUUGGGAUACACUGAAUAUUGCCCAGGUUUCUCUCUAAAACUCUGUUUUAAACUCCUCUCUUUAUUUUAGAGUGAGAGUCGCGAAUGUCUCUGGUUUUUGGUAGCAGAGAGGUGGUUGCAGGCCCCAUGGUGGGAUACCAAAGCGAUGGAUCUCAAUACAGGUCAAAAAACCAGCAAAAACACAAGCAAAAUGAUGCAGUAGUGAUCAGAGGCCUCUCUUGUAUCUCUGCCUUUGUUAAUGGUGAAGCAAAGCCCCAAUUUUUGAAGGAGAAGGCCAUGGAAAGCUUGGGACCGAAGAAAAAUGACUUCCCGGACGGAUCCCUGGUCCUCGAUUCUGCAAAAACUAGGGUUUCUGAAUCAGAGGCUCCAUUAGAGGAGGUUCCGGAGGGGUUGCGGUUUGACUGUGCCAGGGUUUCACCUGCCACUUCAGAGAGCUCCUCCAUUGGAGCUCCAGGUGAGGGCUCGUGCACUUCGAUAGACGAAAGCGAUGGUGAAGCCGAGGUUCAGAGCAAGUUCAAGGGGGCUCUUGGCUCCAUGGAUUCUCUAGAAGAAUCUCUACCUAUCAAGAGGGGACUAUCAAAUUAUUUCUCCGGAAAAUCAAAAUCCUUUUCUACCUUUACAAGUUUAUCAGAAGCUACAACUGCCAAGGAUAUUGCAAAGCCAGAGAACUCAUUUAACAAGAGGAGGAGAACUCUUCUUGCUUGCAAAAAUAACACAGUGCUGAGAAGAGCACUUUAUAUUGCUCCAAAAGAUUUAAAAUUAGAGGAGGCAUCAGAAGAAGAAGAAGAAGAGGAAGAAAGAAGUGAUGUUUGCCUUCCUCCUUUGCCUUCUCACCCUCAGACAAGAAAGCUGAGGAAUUUCACAUCACCAAGGUCUUUCUCUUUAACUGAUUUGCAGGGAGCCUGAGCUCUUCAAAAAAUAUUGAAGGAAUUUGGAAUUUUGAUGUAUGUUUCUCUUACCACAAGUUUACUUUGAUUUUUAAUGGAUGUUUCUCUCACUAUAAUUUUUCCUUUUUGUUGCUUUUUUUUUUUUUUGGGUCCUAUUUUAGAUGCUAAAUCCUAGAGAGAUGUACACCGACCCAUGUAGUGAGAUGGAGAUUACCCUAAAAAAGGCUACAAAAGAUGUUUCUUUUUGUUGUA